AUGGCUGUAGAGAAGGAGCACCAUGCAGGAUCGGAAGCGAUAUUAGAGAAGGUGUGGGUGAAUUUCAUUGCCAAAACUGAAACAGACGGCGAGACCCAAAAGGCGUCUGAAGUGUCCAAUCCAUGGGAAGAACUGCCUAGUCUUGAUGGUAGAGACGGGUCGAUGGAGGUUCUACAAAGGCUACCAAGUCUUGGGAGAUGGAUAUCAAUGGGAGCCGAUACGUGGGAGGAACUUCUGAAUGGAAUAGUUCCUCCAAGCAACAUGGAAAACUCAUGUAGCCUAGACUCAAGUAGCAGCAGAACAAACUUGGGUUUGAAGCCAAAUUCCGUUAGAGUUGAACAGAAGGUGAUCGCUAAACACUAUAGGGGAGUUCGGAGGCGGCCUUGGGGCAAGUACGCCGCAGAGAUAAGGGAUUCAUCGCGAAAAGGGGCUCGAGUUUGGCUAGGGACUUUUGAGACAGCUGAAGAAGCUGCCUUGGCUUAUGACAAGGCUGCAUUGAGAAUUAGGGGUUCCAAGGCACAUCUCAACUUCCCACUUGAGACCGUUGCGAACGCCACGGGAUUCACUUGUGCAAAAAAUAAUUUGGAAUGUUCACCAUCAACAUUUCAAGGGAAUAACUCUGCUUACCCAUUUGUUGGGUGUGGUGAGGUGAUUCCUCAUCCUCGGAAAAGGGUUUCAAGGGAGUGGGAAGAGGAGGAGUUGUUUGUGUCUGGACAACCAGCAUUGAAGAGAAAGGCAAGCAUGGAAGAGACAUUUGGGAAUGAUCACUUUGAUGUGUUGGAGUUUCAGGAUCUUGGAAGUGAUUACUUGGAGAGUUUGCUGUCCUGUUUGUGA